AUGAACUACUACUAUAUAUAGAUGUGCCAUCAUCAUGCACCACACCACUCGAUUCAUAAACAACUAUAUACACAAAGUUUAUCUUCAUAUAUUCUCUCUCUCUCUCUUUUUAAUUAAAAGAUAAAAGCUUUAGUUAGCUCUCUUAUUGAUUAUUAGCUACUAAAGAAGGAAGAGAUUCGAGCAUGGCUUCUCUUUGCAAGAUGAUGAUGUUGCCAAAGAACUUGCUCAGAGUUAUCGGCUCCAGUGUCAACCCUCAUCGUCAAUCAUCUUUUGCCAGUAGUAUCUUUGUGAGAUAUCAGAGCACAAAAAGGUCAGCGCCGCAGAGGCCACCGAUUCACACAAAUCCUCCCCAACAUCACAGCAUCUCACCCUCUUCAAACUCUACCGACCAAAUCAGAGAUGUGGCUACCAGUAACCCCAGAAGCAGCGCCGCCGCCGGGGAUCUUGCCGGCGCCACCAGCAUAAUUGGUGACCAGAACAUUGCUUCAACCGUCAACGCUGCCCAAGUUGUUGCUAAUUAAUGAGUACUACUACUAGCUAAAGUGUGUAAAAGUUGGGAGCCAUGGAUGAAGGGCUCUAGUUCGCAGCUUUCAAUAAUAAUGCAGUUUAACGUACGGUAGCUAGUUAGUGGAGGAAUAAUUCCUAUCUGAAGUUUUUUUUUUUUUAGUUUAAUAUUAUACUCCAGUUAAGUUGGAGUUAUGCAUGUAUGGUAACCAUAUGUGCAGGUUUCAUGUCAAAAUCGAGAAGCAUAUUUCUAAAUAUUAUGUAAUACUAAAUCAGUAUUUUUUUUUUUCCCUUUCGGGAAAUCAUAAAAGAGUAUAACUGAGUCAAUUCACCAAAACGAACUAUUUAUAAGGAAG